UUUUCGUUUUCGACUCACACGAACUAUUGUAAUUGUUCUUUGUUCAAGUAAAGCAUUACCGUAGUUAAGAUAGAAUUCCCAAUGUAUUUAUCACUAAAUUUGCUGUUACUAACUCACGCGGCUCUGCUUUUGCUGUUUAACGUACAAUGCGGUCAUACCAUGCGCAUUUCUACAAGUGCGAAGGAACAGAUCACCCCUCAGACCAAAGUCGGUGAGAAUAAUAAAACGUCGACCGCUCAGGAAAUGGAUAAAUUGAAUGCCACAAGUCCCGCUCCCAGUUCCCAGCCUACGCAACUCAAUCUUAUUACAGCUACCACAAAAGUGGCGGAUACAGAGAAGUCAACUACAAAGAAGCCGCAACACGUAGUACGCAUUAAGCGCCAGAAUGACGUGCUUAUGCCAUUUGAUUUCCAGACAAAGCAUAUGCCCUGCGACUUUGAUAUUAGAGGCCGGAUACGGCUUAUAGAGUAUAUGCCGAAUCAUUGCAUCUGGAUGUGGAACAACAAAUAUACACACGAGGGAUUCUUUCGCUAUUACAAAUACUACCAGCUAGAGGCUUUCUUCUUUGGCCAGUACUAUGAGCGCCUCAAGCGUUUCGAAGUUGACCCUCACUCCUUCGACUAUGGAGACGGAUCGUAACUCACGUAUAGCAAUCGAUUUAUUUAAACAGUGAACAGAUAAAACUGUAGCAGUCUAUAGUACAUGGCUUAGACCAAUUUAAGCUAACACAUACUUGUAUAUAAUAAUAAAUGAUAUUAGAUAUACAUAUAUA